GUAGAGCUUGUAGAUAUUAGACGAAAGUUGCCGUCUUGGCAGAAAUUCAGCAUGGCGAGGAAAAGUAAGAUGUUUUUAUUUAUCGCAGAAUAACUUGGCUGGAUUUAUAAACAAGCUUCACAUAUACAAGGCGUAAAGUGCAGGUUUUUAGGGAAUGAUUUUAACGCCUUUCUGUGUUUUUUAACCUCUUAGUUGUAGGCGCUGCUCUUAUCCUUGUGGUUUUGUGUGUUAGCGGAGAAGUAGGAGGUGAGUACAUGCUUUUAUAAAAGUUAUAGUUUUAUCCUAUUUCUGAGUUCAUUUAGUCUGUUAACUCACUCGCAAGUUUUUUGGUUUUGUAUGAUGCUGUCGUGUACCAGUUACCUGGAAACUGGCUUGGCGAAAAAGUUAAAUUUCAAAGUCGUAUCUAUUCAAGGAUAUUACCUCCCUGAGAGUGAACUAAAUAUGCGGUGAGAAUUUGGGUUUCUAAAGAGACUGUUUUGUAGCAUCGGCGGGGCAACUAAAAUAACAGAUUUAUCAUUGACCUCUUAGAUAAGUUAAUUAUAACUAGAAAAAAGUCUUUUUCAGCUUCAAGUGUUUUUGUAAAGGCGCAAAUUGAAAACGCAUACAGCAAAUUCAGGACGAGAUAUGAUCAUUGCACUCGUGACAAGAACUUUAUUCGCUCUUAAGUUAUGUAAACGUUUUUUCUCCUGGAGCCAUUAACCACCUUCAGGUGCCGAUUUCUAUCAUAGUUUUUAGGUUGUAGAUAAAAUUAGAACUAAUAACGAAUUGGUUCAGUUCCUGCAAUAAGGCAAAUAUUUAAUCCUAGAAUGAAAUCAGUCUUUUAUUGAUCAACUCAUGAAGGUUAUUAUGAUAUCGUCAUUUUUGUCCAAUGGACUUCGAUGGACUUUCGCGGCCCAGUUUGGGAAAGUGAAUCUAGCAACUUGAAUUUGAUGCCUCCCUCUUUGGUAAAUACGACAAAAGCUUGGCAAACUUCUUUAUCCCUUCUUUGAAAGAUAUGAUAAACCAAAAAGUAACAACGAAAUAAACAGUCUUCUAGUAUUUGUAUUGUUCAGCCAUGAAGGGUGCUAAUAUCAAGUGUCUUUCCGAUGAAAAUAUAUACCAAAAAUACUCUUUGAAUAAGAAAAUGCCUGUGUGUUUCUGGUGUGUUUUUGAAGUAUUUAAAUCGAUUUAUGAUAUUAUGUUAGAGGGGUUUUUUUGCAACAUUACCUCGAUCAGGUUGAAAAGUUUAAAAAUUUGAAAGAGUAUACAAUUAGAAACUCAUUGAGAGGUGAAAUUAACUUUUCUUUUGUUAGUGGUUUUGGAAACUUCUGGAACGUCGCUUCCGUUAAACUCAUAUAGCUUCGUCUUAUUGAUUAAAAAAAAACUACACGGGUGUUUCCUUUCAAUAUCUGAGAGUGGAAAUCCCUUUGACUGUUGUUGCUUGAUUUGGAACCACCGCCGGAAAUAGAAGUUAAGCUUAUUUUUAACAGAAAUGCCGCGGCAAACCACAAUUGUGACUCACUCACUAGUCAGAAAUGCUAUCCUGAAGCCCAGUCAAAGCUUCACGUGACAAGGAAAAGAAAUAAAUGAUGAUGUACACUUUGGUAUGCAACUAAAUACUAGUAAGUUUAAAGAUAUGGUGGAAAUUAAGUCUAACAGUGCAUGAAAUGACGUGCAAUCACUGAUAGAGGAAGUUGCUAUUCAUAGAAGGAUAGGGGAACAUAAUCUGAUGUUUUAUCAGUGGAAACUAAAAUAAUUUAGCUUACCCAAAUUCCGCACAAUAUGACAACAAACAACAACUUGGAAGGCUAAUAAGGUCAUUCUGGGAUCAAAAUAAUUUCCAAGUUACAUUAAUAAUUUUUUUAACUGCUAGAUCGGUUCUGUCCUGGUGCAGUAAAUCCAACAAUUAUUUCGAAACAGUUUCCUUUUUUAUCACCAGCGGAUUGACAGUAUAUAUACUUGAUGUAUGUUCGAUAAGUUCAUGUUUCAAUCCAUUUUUAGUGUAUGAAGACGAAAUAACUCAGUCAUGAAAAGUCAUGCAUUCUGUUUCGUUAGAGCUGUUGUGAUGAGUGUCAAACUGCACACAGCUAGAUACUACGCAUGCUAUGUUACUAGACUCCGAGACAUUGGUAAAGCUACGUAUUAUUUUGAACACUACAGGUAAUAUGUUUCACCUUUAAAAUCAAUUUGAAUAUUUUUCUUCACAAAAGUAUUCUUUUGAAAAAGGCAUCGUGAAGUCACCAGGUCAAGCGUGCUUUCUUUUCAUAAAAGAUCUCAUAUUGUUGUAAUUAAUAAUAUUUGAUUGUGAACGUGUCCUGGUCACGUGCAAAAUUUAUGAGCAGUGAAAAUUUCUUCCUAUGAGCGAAAUAUCGCUUGGAAACAUUGAAUCAGCGUCAAUGGUUUUCGAAGUUUUCAAGGAUGUGUCUGGGUGUGGCGAUAGACAACUAUCGCCAUCUGAAAAUAGGUUGAACUUUGGAGAAAAUUAUAAUGAAAAAUAUGCUACUCACUCUCCUUGGCGUUUGAACUGCCUUAUAUUGGCCAAGUUUCUCGAGCCUGGCACAUUUUUGUGCCGUCUUUGAUGUCAUAACUCUUAUUAAGAUAAACAUACUAGAGUUUAGUGCUAGCCACUCUUCCAAGACGUCAGUGAAACAGAUAUAGCUGGCGUUGUUAUGGUAGAAGACAGCCAAGACUUUCUUCUUGUCACGAAUACAUGAAAAAUGAUCCUGCAUUGCUUUGGUUUUGCUUUACUUUGAUCUUGCACCACAAUCUCAAUCAAUCAAACUGUAACCAAGGAAAGUAUAGCCAAUCCCGACUUGGUCACUCGCGUUUUCUCGCGUCUCAACCAGGCUGUCUGUUUUUACGUUAAGUUCUCACUGGUUUCAUGAUGACGGAAACCUUUGCUCUAAGUGGUAGUUGUGACUUAUUUGGUCUUGGUUUUUUGAAACUUGAUCAGUUGAAAACUGCUCUAUAUGCGGUGAACUCUUUAGAGUAAAGGUUACUGCAUGUUGCCUCUUGGACCGGCAAUGAUUGACAACAAGAAAAUAGUGACUCUUUUUAAACCCACUAGUGCGUGGAGAGAUAUGGGUUUUGGCUGGGCUUACUUUAUAUGUUUGAGCUCUGUUACCCAUGCUCUAUGACUGAUUCAUCCUUUCCUUUCCUUUCCUUUCCCAGCAAAUUUAUGCAGUAAGAAGUUAGACAUCAUAAUAGCAGCAGAUGUGUCUGGCAGCAUGGACGACAAUCAAUUCACACAACUACAGACAUUUCUGUCGACGUUAGUGGAUAACAUCAAAAUCUCCAAAACAUCUGGUGCGCGGGUCAUCGUCUUAGCCUUUGAUGACCAGAUUAACAGUCUGGCAUCAAGCUUCAGUGAUAAAGUAACAACAUCUCGAUCUGGGAUUAAGACACAGAUUAACGGCUUACAAUUUACGGCUGGUUCUACAGUGAUAGAUACAGUCAUAGAAGAAGCCAAGGAUUUACUUAGCUCCGCAAACCGUGAUACAGCACAAAAAGUAGUCGUUUUUGUAACUGAUGGUGUUAAUUUUAAUGGAACUGAUUCACUUGUUCUCCCCGCUCAAGAAUUGAGAGAUGUGAGUAUAGUAGAGGAAAUGAUUAGUAAUGUUGUAGUGUUUACUAGCCCAGUUGUAACAUUGCAAAUCGUACUGAAUUCCAUAUUCCACUUGUUCGGAUUCCGGAUUCCAUUCCAUUCCUUUCAAUCUUUAAAAUUCAUUUGAUUUCGUAUUAAUUCAGUUCCAAUCUAAGUUCACAUAAACUUUAAAUUUCAAUCUUUAUUUAUAACAAAAAACUCGUUCCUAAUGGAGGAGACAUGGAGAGAGAAUAAGAGCAAGGAUGACUAUAAAAAAGGAUCGCAGCUAUGGAUUCCGGAUUCUAAGCGAAAAAAGUGUCUAGAAAAAUUGGACUCCUGAUUGCCUUUCAUGGCGUAAUAGUGGCUGUCAGUUGUUAAUCGCGAAGCUUCGAUUGUUGCACGGCCGUUCAACACUGUUGAACGAUAAAUUCAAAUCAUUACAAGUCUUUCAGUCAGUGUUUGCAAUAUCUCGAUUUGCUCUUAAUAAUAAGGAGCAAUUUUUAACUGACUACCGAACUCGAGAAUAAUGCGUGAUGACAUUGGUAUGGAAAAACCCGCACACCUCCUAUCAAAUGCAAAAUCAAAACAAUGAGAAAAUUGAACAAACACGUCUCCUAGUGCUUCAGGAAAUUUACAUACUACUCUCUGAAUUGUUGUUGGUCCUAAUGAGAUUUCCGUUUUUGAUUAACAAAUACUAGAUUAACAAAUCUAACCUGUCUAAGUUCUAAAAUGAUAUCUGUUUAAUUCCUCCCAGACUUUCAAUGCAAGAGUUAUCGGCCUAGGAAUAGGCGAAGCUAACUCAGUCAACAUCCCUGGGCUUCGAAUACUUGCCGGGCAAAAUGACCGCGUUCUUAUUCUGACGUUCGAGCCCAGUUCAGGAGGCAAGUGCUGUGACGAUGAUGAUGACGAUGACGAUGACGACGACGACCGCAAACGUCGUCGUCGUCGUGAUGAUGAUGAUGAUGAUGACGAAUGUGAUGACCGCCGUCGGCGUCGACGUCGCGAUGAAGAUGAUGGCGGAUGUAGCAGUGGUGUUAGUAACGAGCUCAAAAAUGUUAUAAAGCUAAUUUGUUACGGCUGACCACGAAAAGAGAUACAGAA